AGGUUGAUAAUCAAUCAUCCUAUUGAAUUCUUAUUUUUUUUCUUUUCCGAAUCAAAGCCAGAACUCUAGAAUCAUGAGUUUAGAAAAUCAAAUUGUCCCAACCACCAUCACCACCACAAACCCUCCACAGCCAAUUAUAGUCCAACUAGACAAUUCAAGUUUCUCCACUAGUAUUGUUCUUGAUGAAUCGAAUUUCUCAUUAUGGUCACAAUUAAUGGAGAUGCGAAUCGGAGCUCGAAACAAAAUUGGAUUUCUCACCGGCGAAACGAUGAGACCAGCAGUUACGGAUCAUGGCUAUGCAACUUGGAUUACCGAUAAUCACAAAGUUAAAAGUUGGCUCAUUGAUUCAAUGAGUCCUCCUCUGAUGCAGCGAUUUAUUCGACUUUCCACUGCCAAAGAGAUAUGGGAGGCUGUUGCAAAAACCUUCUAUGAUGGAUCAGAUGAAACUCGAUUAUUUGAACUAAAUCGAAAAUCUUUCACCACUACACAGGAUGGUCGACCCUUGUCUACGUACUACAAUGAAUUAGUUGAAAUAUUUCAAGAAAUUGACCACCGAACGACCGCACAGGAGGCAUCUGUUCAAGCAAUUGUACAUAUGCAUUCUAUGAUGGCCCGACUACGAGUUCACAUAUUUUUGAGCGGACUUGAUUCUGGAUUCGAUCAAAUUCACGGAGAGAUUCUACGAAAGGAUCCAAAGCUGGAUUUGGAAAGCACAUAUGCAUAUGUCCGGAGAGAAGCACAACAAAGACAAAUCAUGGGGAGUUCCAGGCCUGUCUCUGAAAGCUCAGCAAUGGUAGCUCAACGAAACACACGGCGUAAUAAUCCAUCCUCCGGAAAAGGUAGCAAUUUCCUUUGCAGCCACUGUGGUGAAACAGGUCACUCGAAGCAACGAUGCUACGAGAUCGUCGGCUAUCCAGAUUGGUGGGAUUUCUCUAAAAAGCGGAGAAAAAAUAUUACUGCUAAAGCCGCAGUAGCCACUCAAGAAGAAAAAAUGCAGUCCGUUGCCAAUAUGGCCCAACAAGGUAUCUCUGGUAAGGUUGAUGUACUUUCUGCCACUUCUAAGAAUAGCACUUGGAUUAUUGAUACAUGA